AUGCCUCCAUCCUUGGAAAGGACGAAAAAGACUGGCGAAGACACAGAGUUGCCACUAAGCCCGGUGAAUACAGCUACACUCGCGGGCGAUGUCUGUCCACCCAAGCUAUCCGACACCGAGCAGCAAAUAACACAGGAUGGAAUUGCCAAGUUCUCUCGCCUAGGGUGGAAACGCCUGACUAUUCUGUUGGUUGUUGAAGCCAUCGCCAUCGGAGCCUUAUCCUUGCCGGCCGCUUUUGCCACCCUGGGCAUGGUUGUCGGUGUGCUGCUGAAUGUGAUUAUCGGCUUCAUCGCAAUAUACACUGGCUACCUGGUCGGAAAAGUCAAGCUACUGCAUCCUGAGGUACGCCACUACGGUGACGUGGGCCGGCUACUUCUAGGCAGAACAGGGUAUGAAGUAUUAAGCUUCAUGCUUAUCCUGCAGCUGCUGUUUCUCGCCGCGUCACACUGCCUGACAGGGGCAACUGCGUUUUCGAACAUCACCGAUAAUGCCACCUGUUCAGUGGUCUUUAGCAUUGUCUCGGCAAUCCUGAUGUAUCUACUCUCUAUCCCUCCAAGCUUCGCCGAGGUAGCUAUUCUGGGGUAUAUUGACUUUGCAUCUAUUAUCCUUGCCAUUGGGAUAACGAUCAUCGCUACCGGCAUCCAAAGGAACGACCAUCACUCCAACCAAAUCGAUGUUCAGUGGUCCGCUGGGCCCAAAGCAGAUCUCAGCUUUACCGAAUGUUUUACUGCUGUUCUGAACAUCAUUUUCGCCUACGGGUUUACUACCUGCCAAUUUUCGUUCAUGGAUGAGAUGCACACGCCUGCAGACUACAUGAAAUCGAUCUGGUCCUUAGGCCUGAUCGAAAUUUCAAUCUAUACACUUACCGGCGCUCUGAUAUACGCAUUCGUCGGUCCAAACGUUGAGGCCCCUGCACUUCUCUCAGCUGGACCGCUGAUCAGUAAAAUCGCAUUCGGUGUCGCAAUACCUGUUAUUUUUAUCAGCGGUGCAAUCCUCGUCACCACCGCAGGGCGUGCCAUUCACGGUCGGAUUUAUGCCAACGAGAUCACCCGUUUCAUCAACACCACGAAAGGAUGGACCACCUGGCUACUCGUUAUUCUAGCUCUCGUGAUAGUGGGCUGGGUGAUUGCUGAAGCCAUCCCAUUUUUCAGCGACCUGGUAGCGCUGAUUUCCGCUUUAUUGAACUCGGGAUUUACGUUCUAUUUUCCUGCAGUGAUGUGGUUUGUCCUGCUACGCACGGGCGAGUGGAAUAGCUGGAGAAAUUUGGGUCUCGGUGCCCUGAAUGUGUUCAUUUUCUGCUUGGGCAUUUUCUGUCUCGUUGGUGGAACCUAUGCCUCUGUGCAGAGCAUUAUUGACCAGUAUCAACAAGGUUUCGCUGGCAAACCGUUUGGCUGUAAGUGA